GUUAUGGGGCGUUACUAAUCCAUUUGUCAAGCGAGGAAGUGGAAAAGUUGACGAGCGCGUGAAGCGCUUUGCAUCUGGCUCUCCUGCGUUCAGCCAGCAGCUGUGGAUCUGGCUUACUACACCAUCUUUCUUGGUGCCGCAACUGCUGAAUCAGUCUGGCAGCAUCCUGUUCGUGUAUCUGCUGGGCUCCGGUGGGGACAUCUCAACCAUCGUGCCGGCGGCGAACGCGUGCAGCCUCCUGUUCAACGCGCUGGCGGACCUAGCCCUGGGCGAGCCCUUUCAGCUUCCCCAGCUGGGCCUGGGCACGCUACUGGUUGCCUUUGGCGUGUACCUGUGCGGCACCUCUGCCUGAGCGGGACCAGCCGCCUGGGGUGACAGCAGCAACACCGGAGCCAGCAAACACCACUCGCGGCCACCUCCGUUUCGCGAGAAUGCCAUCGCUGCCCAUACCAAUCGAGGGGCCCGCUAGCCGUGGCGUCCCUGGGAGUGCCGCCGGGCUGGCAGCAGUGCUUAGCAGCCUGAUCGGUGGCGGCGGAUCCGCCGCCGCCGCCGCCUCCACCGCCGCUGCUGCCGCAGGCUCCUCGCUGCUGCUCUCGCCCGCACAGCACGCGGCGCAGGCGGAGCGGCAGACCGCGUUCGCAGCGCUGCGGCCGCUGACCACGCAGCUGCUGGUGCUGCGGGAGCAGCCCGAGCGCCUGGCGCCGGCGCUGGCGGCGCUGCGCGACGCGCUGGGGCCCGGCUCGGCGCUGCCCGCGGGCGGUGUGGCGGCGUGCUGGGACUACGUGGCCUUUCCCCUGCUGAUCCUGGUGGACGCGGUCUUGCCCACACGGCAGCAGCAGCAGGGGCCGCCGCAGGGACAGGCAGGGCAGGGUGGUGCCGGUGCCGGUGAGGCGCUGACAGUGGCGGCAUGCCGCAGUGACCGAGUGGUCGAGGCGCUGCUGGGUUGCGUGGAGGCACUGCUGCAGCGCUGCCCGGACGCCGACGCCGCCUCACCCGCCGCCGCGGCCGCCGUGGCGGCGCCCACCGCCGGCGCCGGCCCCGGCGCCGGCGGCGAGGUGCGGCAGCUGGUGGUGCUUCAUCGCCUGGCGCCGCUGCUGACCCUUCCUCGUGAGGCCGCCAGUGAGGAGGUGCACGUAGGGCUGCAGCGCUGCGUGGCGGCGGCACUACAGCCGCUGGCGGCGGCGGCUGUAGCACUGCAGGAGCAGCGCGGGAAGCAGGAGGGAGAGGGGAGGCAGGAGCGGGGGCAGCAGGGGCGGCGGGAAGGGAGGAAGGAGGAGACGGAGGGGUCGGGCGGGCCGCUGUGCGGCGAGGCAGCGGCGCCGCUGGCCGGCUACCUAGUGCACUGCUGCCUGGAGGUGUCGGAGCGGGAGGUGCUGGCGGGGCACAAGGGCAGCAAGGCGCUGUGUGCGGCCAGCCUCACCUCGCUGCGGCUGCUGGUGGAGGGCUUGGGUGCAGACCCCGACGCACUGGCCUUCUUCCUGCCGGGCCUCAUGUCGGGGCUGGCCAAACACCUGGUGGCGGGAGGCGCCGCCGCAUCGCGCUCGGGCCCCAGCGCCCCGCCCGGCGCCGCCGCCCUGGUGCAGGCACUGGGCUGCCUGCGCGCCGCCGCGCUGGCGGUGCUGUCAGACGGGCUGUGUGAGCCCAUCCUGGCGGGCGGCAGCGGCAGCCAGCCGCGGCAACAUCUGACGGCCGCCGGUGCGUCCGGCGGCUCCAGCAGUGCCGACGACGCGUUGUCAGCGCUCCGGGCGCUCAGCCUAGCGGCGGCGGCGGCGGCUGCCAACCCCUCGGCUGCACACAGUGCCUCGCCGCACGUCCCCCCUCCCCUUCCCCAGCCCGGGCAGCAGCAGCCGCAGGGGCAGGGGCAGGGGCAGCACCCUCGGCGGCUGCGCGUGCACCGCACCGCGGGCUGGGUGGAGGACACCGCGCAGCGGCUGGCGUCGCUGCUGGGCCGGGCUCUGCCGCCGCUGGCCUCCCACCCCCGCCCCGGCGUGCGGGCGGAGCUGGGCGCCGCCUGCGCCGCCCUGCUGGACGGCUGCGGGCGGGCGCUGGCGCCCGUGGGUCCACUGCUGCUGCGGCUGCUGUUCACACUGGCGCAGGACGAGUGGGCGGCCGUGUCGGGGCCCUGCAUGGAAUGGGUGGCGCGGCGCGCAGCGCCGGCGCCGCCGCCGCCGCCAGCGCUGCUGGCGCUGCCGCCGCCGGAGGCGGCGGCAGAGGCGGCGGCACAGGCGGCGGCAGCUGCACCGAAUGCGGCGGCGGACGGCAAGGUCAGUGAUGGUGUUGUGGUUGUGGCAGGGGCCCUGCCGAGGCCGCCACCGGAGGCAACGGCGGCGGCGCUGCGGGGCCUGGAGGACGACUUCGAGCGCUUCAUGAGCGAGCUGGCGGCGGACGCGGUGCUGCUGGCCCAGCCCGACCUCAGCCUGGACGACAGCGACGUGUUCGGACACGACGGCGGCGGCGGCGGGGGCGGCGGGAGCGGCGGCGGAGGUGGUGGUGUGGAGCCUGAUGCUGCUGGUGCGAUGGCGCCGGCUGUGGCGCCGGCUGUGCCUAUUGAUGCGGAACACGCGACGGCCGCAGGAAGCGUGGCGGGUACGAGCGGCGCCGCCGCAGCGGGCGGCGGUGCGGGCACCGGCGCGGGAGCACCGGCGACGGCGCCACCGCCACCGCCGCCACCGCCUCCACCGCCUUCUACACCGGCUCCUCCGCCUCGCCCGCCGCCGCUGCCCGGGCUGCAGGAGCUGAUCGAGGCAGGUGCGGGCGGCGGCGGGCUGCUGCGCGCGGUGCGCUGCGGGGAGGCGGAGGCGGUGGUGGCGGCGCGCUGCCUGACCACGGCGCUCCUGGUGGCGGGUCCGGGCGCGGCGGCGGAGUGGCUGCUGCUGCGGCCGGCGGCGCUGGGCGAGCUGCUGUCGGGGCUCUUCCGCUGCUUCGCCUUCGACCGCACCGCCGCGCCGCUGGUGCUGCACCUGCGGGGCGAGGCGGGCGCCUACGCGCCGGCGGCGCUGCUACCGGCGGCCUCGUCCGGCUCUGCAGUCUCGCCCUCAGCGGCUGCAGCCGCGGCCACAGUCACGGCACCGUCCAGCGCCACGGCCUCGCAUGGAAGUGCGGCUGGUUCAGCUGCCGCUAAGGAGCCAGCCGCGGCAGCUGCAGUGGCGGCGGGUGCCGCGGCUGCAGCGAGGGCGGCGGGUGGCGGCGGCGUGUGUACUGCUGCGGUGCCUGAGCUGCCGCGCAUGCCGCUGGGGCUGUUGCACCUGGCGUCACAGCGCUCCUACGCGGCGGUGGCGGGCGUGGCGCGGGCGCUGGGCUGGCUGGCGCGCAGGGCAGACCAGGAGCAGCAGCAGCAGCAGCAGCAGCAGCAGCAGCAGCAGGGCCGAGGGCAGCAGCAGGGGAAUCAAGAGCAGCGCGAAGGAUUGUUGAAGGCUGGCUUCUUGGGUGGCGCUGGCGCUGGGGACGGAGGCGGCGCGGGUGCGGGUGCGGGCGCGGGCGUGGGCUCGGGCAGCGCCCUCCGGCGUCUGGUGGAUGAGCUGGUGGCGGCGGUGCGGGCCGCCGCAGCCGCCGCCGUAGCCGGUGGGGCCGCCGGCCCAGGCACCCCUGGUGGCGUCGGCGUGGGUGCGGGUGCGGGUCCGGGUGUGGCGCCAGGGUCUGCGCUGGAGGGCAGCUGGCAGCUGGAGACGGCGGCGGUGGUGGCGGUGGCGGCGGAGGUGGUCGUCGGCGCCUCCAAUGCCUGGACGCCGCCGGUGGGGCUGCCAACCGCCGGCACCUCGAGUGCGCCGGACGCUUCUCCCGCGGGCGCCCAGCAGCAGCCCAGCACCUCCUCCUCUCCGCCCCAGCCGGCCUGCUCCUCCUCCUCCCCCUUCCCCUCCUCCGACCCCGGCUAUGAGGGCCUGCUGGGCACACUGCUGGAUGAGCUCAUGCGGCCGCGCAUCGCCAAGCUGGCCACACACAACAUCAGCAAUAGCGGCAGUAGCAGCGGCACCAGUAGCAGUAGCAGCGGCAGUAGCGGCGGUGGCACCAGCGGUGAUGUGGGGUUGCAGGGCGGCGCACCGCCGCGGGUGCUGUCUGUGCAGGAGCUGGGCGAGAACGUCAUGCUGCUGAGGGUGGCGGUGGAGGCGGUGGGGGGCGCGGCGCGCGCGGCGGGGCCGGCGUUCGCGCAGCGCGGGCGGCUGCUGCGGCGUGUGUUGCUGCCGCUGCUGGAGCUGCUGGGGGACCCCUGCCCGCCGGUGGCCGCGGCGGCGGACACGGCGCUGCUGUCGGUGUGCGCCCACUGCGGCUACGGCGGCUCGCUGCGGGCGCUUGUGGGCGCCAACGCCGACUACCUGGUGGACGGCCUGUGCGCGCGGCUGAGGGACCUGCAGCACCACCCGCGCGCCCCACACCUGCUGGCGGCGCUGCUGCGGCGUGCGGGCGUGGCGCCGCAGCUGCUGCCCCUCAUGGCGGAGCCGCUGCAGCGGGCGCUGCAGGGUGUGUCCAUCCUGGCUCGGCACUGGUCGCCGCAGCACACGGCGCCCUACCUGGCGGCGCUGCGGGAGCUGGCGGCGGGCGCGGCAGAGGAGGCGACGGCGGCGGCGGCGGACAGCCGAGCCGCGGUGGCGGAGCUGAACCGGGCGGCGGCGGCAGCUCGCGACGGCGAGGAGCGCGAGCUGGACGAGCUGGUGAACGGCACCGGGCCGGGCGCGCCGCCGGCAGACGACGGCGCCGGUUCCAGCGCCGAUGCCGACAACACGGACUCGGCCGAGCGCGCGCGCCGCUACUUCAAUGCACGCGCCUCGCGCUCGGAGGCCGCGGCCGGGCCCAACGCCGACGCCGUGCGCGAGCGGCGCCGACGCCGCGCCGCCGCCGAAGGCGCCCCUGCCGACGGCGACGGCGAAGACGCAGAUGACGACCUGCCGCCGGAGCGGCGGCCGCUACUGGUGCUGACGGCGGGGCAGCUGGAGGAUGGGGAGCUGCGCUUCCGGCGGCUGCACGCGGCGGCGGUGGUGGCGGGCGCUGCCGCCGACGCCGCCACGCCGCUGCUGAUGAGCGCCAAUCUGGCGGCGGCGGUGUCUGCGGCGGAGGUGCUGCGGGCGGCGCUGGCGGCGCUGGGCGCGGCGACGCCGUGUGUGGAGGCGGAGGCGGCAGUGUUGGAGGAGUACGGCGGGCUGGAGGGCCGCAUGAGGCCGGUGCGGCCGGAGACGCCCAAGGUGCUGCCGGCGGUGGCGGCCUGCUGGCCCCCGCUGAUGGCGGCGCUGCGGGACCGCCGCACACCCGUGGUGGAGCGCGGCGUGGCGGCGGUGGCGGAGCUGGUGGAGGUGGCGGGCGGCAUGUUCCUGGCCCGGCGCUUCCAGACCGAGGCCUGGCCAGUGCUGCAGCGGCUCCUGGCCACCGGCACAGCCCACACGCCCGGCCUGCUCAGCCUUGGCACAGACGCAGCGCGGCCCGGAGGCGGCGGAGGCGGAGGCGCGCAGCGCCAGCGGCUUGCCCUGGAGCCGGGUAGUGGCAGUGGCGGUGGCAGCGCGGUGGCAUUGGUUGUGGGUGGUGAGGACGCCGGCGGAGCGCUCGCGCCGGCGGCGGUGGUGCGGGUGCAGGUGGCGGCGCUGGGGUGCCUGGAGGCGGUGUGCCGCUGCCGGGACGCCACCGCGGCCGUGCGCACUCUCACCUGGAACAUUGCACAGGCCGUGCUACCCUUCCUGGCCUCCAGCUCCCCUGCGGCCCUGGCGGAGGCCGCCCGCCGCGCCCUGACCGCGGUCGCGGGCCUGGAUCCGGAUUCCGUGUGGCUGCUGCUGUACGACACGUGCUCCAACAUGCCUGCCUCCGUACGGUCUGCGGCGGUGACGGCGAUUACGGCAGGCAGCAACCCUGUAUCACCCGGAGGAGGAGGCGGAGGAGGAGGAGGAGGAGGAGGAGGAGAAGGAGGAGGAGGAGAAGGUGGUGGAGGAGGAAAGGUCCCGACGACGGUGGAGGCAACAUCGCCGUCUGGUGUGGGUGCGGCUGGUGGUGGUGGUGCGCGAGGCAGCGGUGUGGCGGGCGCGCCUUCGGCACUGCGGCUGCUACAGCCACCAGGGCCUGAGUUUCCGCCGCUGCGCUCGCUACUGCCGCCGCUGCCGGUGGCGGGGAGGCAUGGAGGCGCCGGGCGCGUGAGCUACAGUGGCGGCGGCGGCAUGUCGGGGUCAGCGGCGGGGUACGCGUGGCCGGUGACGGCGGCACUGGCGUCGGAAUGCGGGCCGCGGGCGCAGUUGCUGCUGGGGGCUGUGGGGGGUGGCGAGGUGCCCUGGCACAAGGUGCGGGUGCCGGCCGUGGAGUUGCUUGAGGCGGGUGGCGCCAUAUAAAUUAGCGUCUUGAGAAGGAUUGCGCAGUAUGAAGGAUUGCGCCCGGAGCUCGGUAAGGGAGGACCUCGAAAGGACGUGCAGGAUUGCCGAUGCCGAUGCCGAUGUCGUCGCCGCUGCUGGCCGGGCUGUACGAGCCACGGUCCACGCCGCCGCCGUCUUCUUCGCCGCAGUCUCAGACGCAGCCGCUGUCUUCCACCCUGCACAGC